AUGGUGAUGGACAAGGGCAAGGUUGUUGCAGAGGAAAGUUUGGAUACCUCGAUGGACCAUUUUCGUAUGGCGGCUUCACAACCCAACAAAUCAACAAUGAAGGAGGAUGGUGAAGAUGAGAUGGCGGGAUGGAUCAUUUCUCACAGCGUGCAGAAACACACACACAAAAGAAAAAAGAAAAACCUUCUCGUGUCACGGAAGGCGAGCGAAAACCCCACCCGCUUCCCGCCCGAACCCCCAAACUCCCCGCCGGCAGCCACGCCUUUGGACGGUGAUGUCGGCGGCCGCCGUCGAUGGCCCUCCCUCGUCGCAGCAACCCCCACGGUCCAGCGUGGAAUCUGUCCUCCAACUCGCCUCCCGCGACCCCUCACCGCGGUUCCCCUCCUACCCGCUCUCCCGCCAGACGCCCUCGCCGACCUCCUCUGCUCCCUCUCCGCCGCCUCCCCCCCGAACCACCUCUCCCUCCUCCCAGCCCUGCUCUCCCUCUCCCCAAACCCCUCGGCCGCCUCCGCUGCCUUCUCCUCCCUCCUCAACGCGCCCAGCUGGCCGUCUCCGACCCUCCUCGCCGUCGCCUCCCUCCUGCGCGACCUCCCCGUGUCAUUCCGAUCCCGCGUUCCCGACUGCCUAUCUAAGGUUCUCUCCCUCCUCCCCGGCGCCGAUGUCCAGGACCUCCCCGCACUCGCCUAUCAGCUCCUCCUCCUCGCCUCCAAACCGGUCCACCCCCGGCUCGUCCUCGCCGGCCUCCUCCGCUUCUUCGGCGGCCGCCACGGCGCCCGUGUGCGCGCCCUGCCGUCCAUCGCACGGCAGGUCGAGGGCACCGUGCUGAUGCACGUCGCCUUUGCGGUUAAGCAGGACCCUGCACUGGCAAGGGAGGUGGUAGCCGCCGUCAAGGCCAAUGCCACGGGUGUGCUCAACGGAUUCGCCGUGGCGGUACUGCUGUCCGUGGCACGCGUGCGGAGGUUCAACGACGGUGCUGUGGCCGUGCUCCGGGACGCUGCCACUACAUCACGCCGGGAUUAUCGGAUGUCGAGGCGCUGCAAGUGGUUGCCAGAUGGCCUCAAAGAGGAAAGUGUAGAGGCUGCUCAUUGUGUUGAGAAGGCACUACUGAAAGCAGUCGCUGAGAGCAUUGGUGGGAGGGAGCAUGUCGUUCCAAGCAUUGUUCAGGUAGGUUUUCUCCUGUUAGAAGCCUCAAACGGUGAUCCAGGGGAGGAAGAUGGUCCAGACGAAGGGGUUAUGAGCACUGAAGAAAUAGGUGUUAAUAUGCUCAAGUCGUUGUUUGAGACCCACGAAAUGGCACGCACUGAGAUAAUUGAACAAUGCAAGUUCCGGAUCCUCUCAGCAAAGCCCCAGCAAAGUGCACCAGUCCUUCGUUUGCUUGGAUGCUUAGUUCGGAGUCAUCCGUUUCCAAUGCUAGAAUACGUUGCACACCUGAAGGAGUUGCUGGACUAUUUUGCCUUCAUGAAUGACAAGAUAUCGACGGGUCUGAUCAAUUGCAUCUUGCCACUCACUAAGUUCAGCCGUGAUCUCAAGGAUUACAUAAUAUUGGUAGUAAGGAAGGCCAUGUUCAAGCGGGAGGAUGCUGUCCGUAUUGCCGCUACAAAUGCUAUAGUUGAGCUGAUUGUAACAGAGAGCGAGUACAGGAAAAAUGAGGCUAAUCCUUUUCAAGACUCAUCAAGUCAACCGAGCUCUAGCCAGCAACCUGAAAUACAUAGAGAGGUUGGUGUGGAACUCUUUCAAGAAUUAAGUGGAUUGCUUCGCAGAUGUCUUUCCCAGCAGGCUAGAGUCAAAAUGGUUUUGUACGAGGGUCUCAUUCGAAUUGUUACCUCCGAUCCAGAUGUUGCAGACUAUGUCCUUGAUUUCCUGUGGCCUCACUUCCUAAACUAUUACAUAGAGAAUGCUGAAUGCCCCCUUAAAAUGGAUUCAUGUUUUAAAGUUGAGAAUGCCAAAGUAUGUAUGGUGGAACCUUUGGAUUGCCUACUGUCAUGUGUCUCGUGCAUUCUUCGAGCUCAACAAAAUAGUAAAUGUCACCGACCACGUGAUGCAUAUUGGAAGUGUUUUGGUUUUGCUCCUUCCCAGGAUAAUGAGGUUGGAAGAUCCUCAUCAAGGGACUUGUUCAUGAAAGGAUUAUCAAAUAUCCAGAAGUAUUUGAGGAAAUGCCUCACAGAAGAUCAACGAGGACAGACCCAAGAAGCUGGUUCUGCUUCUUCAUCUUUGGAGAUAGUCCAGUGUCAUAACGUUUUUAUGCCUGGAAUCGUUGAGGUUUUUGUUGAUUUUGCUUCUUCAAAACUAGCUGAAGCUGCUGAUGAACCGAAGGAGAAGUUAGAAAAAGAAAUACUGGAGCUCGUUGAUGCUCACAGUGGCUUUGAGAGGAAAACAAGCAAGAGCAGGGAGAAAGUUGCACGAAGAAGAGGGGAUUCAAGAAGUGCUACAGAUAGGCAGACUAAUGAACCUAAUGAAAAUUCAAACGCUUCUUUGCUGAAAUUACAUGAAAAGAGGGGGAAAUUUAUGAAUUCAAGUUUGUAUGAGCUUGUAGUGAUGUGUGCCAAACAGUGCCAUGCUGAUAAAUAUGAUAAAGGCAGCCAGCGUCCUAGCCAAUCUAAAUUGAAUCAGAGCUCCAAUCUAUUAUCCUUUGUACUGAAAGCCUGUCUUGAGAUGUUCAGAUCACUUACAGCUAAGGCAAGUGAUCUGGCCAUUGGAAAUCUAAGAAGAACGCGGUAUGAAGAUGUAAAAAACUUAGCGCAGCCAAUUGUGAAGCUCAUAUGGUGGCUUAUGUUAGAUUCAGAGCAAGAGAAUGGUGGAUUCAAGAAGAACACAACCCAAGGGAAGAAAACAGUUGAAAACAAAAAGGAUCAGUUAUAUCUGGCAUUGACAUGCUUUAAAGAACUUUUUAAACUAAGUGUAUCAGAAGACCGUUCUAGUGACAUUACUGAUCUUCUGAUAUCUUCGGCUCCUUCAAAUAUAGAGGAUAUGAUGGAAGCUGACCAGCUUCUUGACAAUGACACUACUGUGACUGAGAAUCCAGCAAAAAGAGGCGCUCAUGUGUUUCUGAACAUAUUGAAGAUGUUAUAUGCUAGAGCCGCACAUGCUCCUUGUUGGCCUGCUUAUGUUAUUUUGGGUGGAAGUUGUGCCACAGCUGUAUCUGAACUGAUUUUUGGCAUAUCAAGGAAACUGCAUCCUGAUCAGAGGCAUCUUGUGGGACAUUGGGCUGCAGGCUUAUGUCGAAAGAAUACUGUCCAAAGCCCAACCACCGCACAAGAGAUGGUAAAACUCGCUGUCCAUCUUAUGACAACUCCAGAUGACAUGAUUCUUGUGCAUGAGAUGACAACAGAGUUGAAGAAAUUAAUAGCCUCCGGAGACGAGGACUCUGUAGAUUCUUCCGAGGCAUUUCUCAUUGUCAAUUGUAAAACAAAAAAUUCACUUGUUGCUGUCUUCCUUCACAUGGUUGAGUCAUCUCUUAUGGAACUGGAAUGGGGUCUUGGUAAGCUUAAGGCAAUGCUGACAUUAGGUUACGGCUCUUCUAAUGUCGACGAGGAUCAGCCAGCAGAUGAAAGGACGCAAAGAAUGUUUCUGGAGGAAGCACUCUACUCCAGAUCAACAUCAGUAGUUCAUGUUCUUUCGUCUUUCACACAUAUGAGCCUUAAGGAUUCUCAGGCAGAGCAGUUUCUGAAACUGACUGCAAAGUUCUACAAGCUCUUGGCUCACAUCUCAAAGUCUCAGAUUGCACCUAAGGGCUACAAGCAGUUCAUACCAGGUCUCAAAUUUCAGAAAAUGGCGGAAGUAACUUGCAGGAUGCUUACUGCUCCACUUUACAAUUUUGUCUUUACACUUCAAGAGAGUGAGCAACCACACAAAAAAGGAACCCUCGCGAAGAUUAAAAGGGAGAGCAAAUGCAUUCCUGAUCUUAUUUUCCAGGUUGAGGAUUAUGAGAAGUACCUAAUUCAGUUAAGCAAGCUCACAAAGGUGAACCUUCUGAGGCAUGCCAAGCGUAGCGUAGCAAGAGAUUUUCGGAUACAACCAAAGGAGAAAGCUGCAGAAGAAGAACGUGAAGGGGAUUCUCCUCCAGCGAGUGCCGCAUCACCUGAGAGUGACCCUGAGGAGGAUGCAAAAGAAGGUCCAGAUGUUCGUGCUGAUGAAAACCUGCAGGCCAGUGCACAACAUGAUGACACCGUCCAAGAUUCUGAAUCCGAUGGAGAAGAGGAGGAAGUAUUAGUACACAUGAAGAGAGCCAAUGCAAACCAAAUUGUCCAAGAUUCUGAAUCCGAUGGAGAAGAGGAGGAAGUAUUAGCAUGCAGCAAGAGAGCUAAGACAAACCAGAUGGUCCAAGAUUCUGAGUCUGAUGGAGAAGAGGAGGAAAUGUUAGCACGGAGGAAGAGAGCCAAGACAAACCAAAUCAUCCAAGAUUCUGAAUCUGAUGAAGAUGCUGAAGGCGAGUGAAUUUUUUGUAGGCAGCAAUCAGAAAGCAUAAGUCAUAGUUGUAGGAAAUAUAGAUCAAUAUUCGUAGAUAGUUUUGAACAGUUUCUGUUGGUUAACCUGUUGAUUUUAGACAAUAUAUAAGAUGUAAUCGCAAUCAUUGUGCUCUUGCUCUUGGUUACAUUUUUCUCGUGAAUUUUAACACGAACCACAUUUCUUC